CAUCGAUGACGGCUGCGCGGUCUUGAAUGACGCUGUACGUAAAAGAUGGCGGCGACCUUGUGUGGAACGUUACUAGCGAAAUCAGGAUGGCUGCCACUGACGCAGUGUGGCCGGGUUCGACACAUGUCCAAAUCAGUGACCCGCCACAAGAGGCCCAUGCACAUUAUAAAACAGAAGCUAAUGGCUGUUACAGAAUACAUUCCUCCUAAACGGCUAGCAGCAGGCGCGUAUCCAUCCCAAAACAAAAAGGUGGAAGUGGAAAGCGGUCUGGUGUUGCUCUUGAAGAAGGAAGUGAAGAAGGUAUUCCAGGACUGCAAGAUGAUUGCGGUGGUCCAGAACAACGCCAGCAACUCUGAGGACAUGUUGACCCUGAGGCACCGGCUUCACAAGCACAGCCUCACCGUCAAGUUCUUCCCAAACCAGGUUAUGAGGUCCUUCCUGAAGGACAGCGAGUUCUGCAACAUGGCCCCUCUGUUCAUUGGGUCAACGGUGCUGAUCAUCAGUACACAGGGCAAGGUGAAGGAGAUGCUGUCCACUCUGAGGGGCAGCCCACAGAUGGUGCUGCUGGGCGCCUGCGUGGACGGCACCCUGCUGAGCGCCCAGGGCGUGCAGCACUACUCCAAGCUGCCCUCGGUCAGCGUGGUGCAGGGGGAGCUGGUCAGCGGCCUGACCCUGCUGUCGUCCCGCACGGCCUCCCUGCUCCAGCACCACCCGGCCCGCCUGUCGGCGCUGCUCCAGCAGUACGUCAGCCAGCAGGGGGCGCCGGCCGCGGAGCCACGCCCCCAGGAGUCAGAGGGAGUGGCGGCGCAGUCCUAGGGGGCUCGUUGGGCCCCGUGGGAACACUGCGGGCCUCCACCGCGCUGUGGAGGUGAUCUGGUCCAAGAUGGAAGGCUCACCGGGACAGGACUUGUCUAGUGCGUCUUCCGCACAGCACCGUUCUUUUGGGGUUUUAUAGACUGGCGGAGGGAUUUGUUGAGAAAAAUACGCUACUACUACCACUCUUUAAAAUGUCUGGAGUGGCUUUAUGGCGCUUCAACCCCACUGAAGACAUUGGUGUGCACGUCCUCAUGAACAUUAUGGCUUCUUAAAUGUUGUUGAAAUGUAUCUUUUUGGUUUGAUUCUCAUGUGGUGUUUUAUUUAAUGACAUUAAAACCAUGAGCAACACAUAACUCCUGUUUUAGUGUUGCACAAUAAAUACUACAAAAUGGGUUCAGCUUGCCCCUUUUGGUGGUUUAGCAUAUUAAUGAAUGUAAGCAAAGGAAGAAUGGCAAGUUCCUAAACUAGUCCAGCCAUACGUUCUACACUGAUGUCUGCUUCAGAGACAGGGACAAGUUUUUUGAACACACAUAUUAUGUUAUGGCAGGGUGUAUGUGUGGAUGGGCUGAGCCCCGUGGGGCAAGCAGUUGAUUUUGAUGUCCACGUUAAGCUUCUCGGAGCAGGGGUUUUAGCCAAUUCACUGGUCGUUCAUACGGAACACUGGUUACCACCACUAGGGGGAGCUAAAGCUACCCUUCCAGGCUCGCUAACGAGUGGUCUGUUGCGUAGUCUCAUCCACCUUCUCCCUUCUCUUGUGCUGUUGGCAAAGCUGUUAGCCGAAUAAAUGUCAGAUCAUGAUCCAUUUU